AUGACCUUUUCUUUUUAUGAUGAAAUAGAGAUUGAGGAUUUUGAAUUUGACGAAGAGACAAAAACAUAUCAUUACCCAUGUCCAUGUGGUGAUCGCUUCGAAAUAACAAUAGCAGAUUUAAUGGAUGGGGAGGAUAUAGCUAGAUGCCCAAGUUGUUCUUUAAUGGUUCGAGUUAUUUAUGAUCCGGAGGAUUUCCAAGAUGAUGAUCAGGAAACAAAUGUAGAACCUGGAAAACAAGCGAUUACCGUAUAA